AUGCCACGCCCGCUAAUUCUCGUCACUCUCGCUGUCUCUCUCGUCCUCCUUGCCUCCACCACCGUCAAUGCGCACAACAUCACACGUAUACUCGCCAAACACCCUCAAUUCUCCACCUUCAACCACUACCUCACACUCACUCACCUCGCCGCAGAAAUCAACCGCCGUCAGACCAUUACUGUCCUCGCUCUCGACAAUUCUGCCAUGUCAUCUUUAAUAUCCAAGCAACUCUCUGUUUACACUAUAAGGAAUGUUCUUUCUCUCCAUAUUCUUGUUGAUUACUUUGGUAGCAAGAAACUCCACCAGAUUACUAACGGUACUGAAUUGACUGCCACCAUGUUCCAAGCUACUGGUUCAGCCUCUGGUGCCUCAGGUUAUGUCAAUAUUACUGAUCUUAAGGGUGGUAAAGUCGCAUUUGGUGCUGCUGAAGAUAACGAUGGAAAGUUUGAUGCUGUUUAUGUUAAAUCUUUGGAAGAGAUUCCAUAUAACAUAUCCAUUUUGCAAAUCAGUCAGCCCCUGAAUUCGCCAGAAGCAGAAGCACCAACGGCGGCGCCGACAUUGAAUGUAACAGCCAUUAUGUCAAAGCAAGGUUGUAAAGCCUUCUCCGACUUGCUGAUAGCUUCUGGAGCUCACACCACAUUCGAGGAAAACGUUGACGGAGGUUUAACGGUGUUUUGCCCAACUGACCCCGUUGUCAAUGGCUUCAUGCCCAAGUACAAGAACUUAACCGCUCCUCAAAAAGUGUCGUUACUGUUAUACCACGGAAUCCCAGUUUACCAGUCACUCCAAAUGCUAAAAACCAGUAAUGGAAUUAUGAACACGUUGGCCACAGACGGUGCCAAGAAGUAUGAUUUCACAGUCCAAAAUGAUGGAGAGGAGGUGACGUUGGAGACAAAAGUUACGACGGCGAAGGUAACUGGGACCGUAAAAGAUGAGGAGCCGUUGGUGGUUUAUAAGAUUAAUAAAGUUUUGUUGCCUAGGGAGUUGUUUAAAGCGGUUCCGGAGAAAAAAGCACCGGCACCUAAGGGGGAGAAGGAGGUGGCUGAUGGACCCGAUGCUGAGUCACCGUCAGAUGAUUCGGAUGAUCAAACGGCAGAUGAUAAUAACGGGGUCGGUGAAAUGGACGGUGGAAGAUUGGCUCUGGUAGCAUUGAGUUUGUUUUUUGGGGUGGGUAUGUUCGUUUGA